UUAUAUAAAGUCAAACUUGUCUGCUGCUGAAUGAUUCCACAUUCCACUAUCUCUCACAUUCAUUUUCCUUCAUAAAAAGCACUAAAAUUAUGAAAUUUCACAAGUGAAAAGAAAACCAUGUAUCUAUUAUACAAAAUCAUUUUCUUAUCAAUUCUAUGCACUUCAAAUGCAAUCUCACAAGACCCUUUAGGAGAAUUCUGCAAUAAAGACACAAACAUUAGCAGUGGAGGAAAAUUAUCAACCAAUAUUGAUAAGUUAUUAUCUAACUUAGCUCUUAAAACUCCUUCCACUUUCUUUACUACUACAUCAUAUGGUAAUAACAAAGACAACGUGUAUGGCUUAGCUCAAUGCAGAGGAGAUAUCAACACACAAGACUGCACCAGUUGUAUCCAUGAUGCAACAAAGCAAAUCCGACAGCGUUGUCCGAACCAAGCCGACGCAAGGAUUUGGUAUGAUUAUUGUUUUUUAAGGUAUAGUAACAAGAAUUUCAUUGGUGAAGUUGAUACAUCUUUUGGUAUAUUUUAUUUUAACACUGAAAAUGUAACUGAUUCUGAGGUUUUUAAUAAAAAACUUGGAGCUUUAAUGGAUCAAGUUAGAGGAGAAGCUGUUAUGGUUAAAGGUAAAGGGCUUGGAAAGGGAAAAACUGUGUUGUCACCAUUUUUGACCGUUUAUGGUUUGGUUCAAUGUACAAGGGACUUGGAUGAGGUAUCUUGUGCUCAGUGUUUGGCUAUUGCGGUGAAUAAUUUUCAAACUUUUUGUAAUGAUCGUAAGGGUUGUAGAGUUUUGUAUAGUUCUUGUUAUGUUAGAUAUGAAUUGUACCCUUUUUUCUUCCCUCUUGAUUCAACUAAAAUAAGAGCUUCUAGUAUAGGGAAGGUUGUUGUUUUUCCUUAAAAUGGUCAAAUGUACUGUCAUGCUAAAGAAUAUAGCAUUUCUUGGUGCUCAAGUCAAGUGUAUUGAAUAUGAAUUUGUAUUUGAAAAUAAGACUUUGUUGUCAUUAAAAAUAAGGAAAAAGAAUGGUAGUUGAAGAUGA